AUGGCCAAGAUGAGGGGAAUUCUGGUCUUGUGGCUCCUGGUGCCUACUUCCAGCUGCUUUGGCUCCUCUGAGGACUUCAUCAAGUGCUUCCAGGAUCCCGAAUACGAGUCUCUCCUUGUCACGGCCCAGGAGGGCCUCCACACGUCCCCACUGCCCAAGCGCGUGGUGAUAGUGGGAGCUGGCAUAGCAGGUCUGGUAGCUGCCAAGGCCCUGCAGGACGCUGGCCACCAUGUUUCCAUCCUGGAAGCCAACGACCAUAUCGGGGGUCGAGUGGUCACGUUCAGGAACGAGGAGGAGGGCUGGUACUGCGACCUGGGGCCCAUGAGAGUCCUGAAGUCCCAAAGGUUUUUCCACACCUAUGUGGAGAAGCUGGGCCUGAAGUUGAACAAGUUCAUCUACUACAAUGGCAACACCUGGUACCUCAUCAACGGACGACGCUAUCGCGCCAGGGAGGUCCAGGCCAACCCAGAGCUCCUGGGCUAUUCUGUGAACCCCAUGGAGAAGGGCAAGAACGCUGGGGAGCUCUACCAACAGUCCAUUGCCCAGGUCAUAAAAAAUCAGAAAAAUAUCAACUGCAGCUACCUGUUUUCCCUUUAUGAUUCUUACUCCUCCAAGGUUUACCUGCGGAAAGAAGCAAAGCUGAGCCCAGGAGCAGUGAAGAUGAUCAGGGAUUUGAUGAACGAGGGCAUUGAAAUCCCUAAAUCGUUCCUAGAGUCCCUGAAAUCUGAGAUAAUCUUCUCCCAAAAUGACGACUUUUCCGAGAUCACGGGUGGCUUCGACCAGCUUCCCAAAGCCCUCGGUGCGAGCCUGAAGCCUGGUACCAUCCAUCUGCGCUCCAGGGUGGAGAGGGUAGAGAGGAAUGGGUCUGAGGUCCACAUUUCCUACCGUGUGGGCGAGUCCAACUCAGCACUGCACAACCUUACCGCGGAUUUUGUCAUCAUCUGCACUGCAGCCAAGCCCUCGCUCCUCAUCACGUACGCGCCACCGCUCUCCCUAGAAAAGGCAGACGCGCUCCGCUCAGUGCAUUACGCCGGCGCUACCAAGCUGAUUCUGGCCUGCAAUGAGUCCUUCUGGGAGCGGGAUGGCAUCCAGGGCGGGUCCUCCAUCACCGACCGGCCCUCGCGCUUCAUCGUUUACCCCAGCCACAACUUUCCUAAUGGCAAGGGCGUCCUGCUGGCCUCCUACACCGUGGAAAGUGAUUCUCUCUUCUUCAUAUCCAUGAAGCAGGACCAGGUGCUGGACAUCGUCCUGGAGGACCUGGCGGCGGUGCAUGAGAUACCCAAGGAGGAGCUGCGGCGCAUGUGCCCCUCCUCUGUGCUCAAGCAGUGGUCUCUGGAUCCCUUCAUCAUGGGCGCCUUCACUGAUUUCAUGCCCUACCAAUAUGAAGACUUUGAGCAGGGGCUCUCCCAGCCAGAGGGCCGCAUCUACUUUGCUGGCGAGCACACCAGCAUGCCCCAUGGUUGGAUAGACACCGCCAUCAAGACCGCCCUCCGGGCAGCCAGGAACAUCCAGGCUGCCGUGGACAGGGAAGCCUGA